GGCUCAUGCAAUGAGGGAGCCAUUCUCCCCACUCCAUGGAACUCAUGAGCUGAGUCAGUUGAGACAAAAAGAGCAAGGAGCCCUCUAGUAGGGUGCCCUGGGGAACCUGAAAGAACCUACUGCAGGCCAGGGGUGGUGGUGGGAGGACUUGAGCGUUCUUCUGAUUAGUCAGCAUCUGAAAGGGAGGAACUCAGAAAUAAUGAGUUUCCUCAAUAAGCAGAGUGGGCGUGGGAUGUGUUGAGAAAAGAGAAUGGGCGUGGUUCUGUAAAUAUUAGGCUGAUUUUGGCUGCGAUCUGCGGAAGUACCAGCUGAAAGGCGAUGAAACUAUCCUGUCUCUGUGUUUUCUGAUUCUGUUGCCGAGGGUACCUGAGGGCGCAGCUGCUGGUGAGUGAGGUGAAGGGGUCACGGGAUGUGGGAUUUUAGGGUGACAGCGUCCUCAACUCUCAGUUCACAGUUCUGCUGUCCGUGUGAGCCGGCGAAGGCGCGGGCUGUUUAAACUGGAAACCACUACAGUUCUCCUUUCAUAGCCGCGCGCUCGGUGCGCCCAAGGGUGGCGGAAAUCACAUACGCAGGAAGGGAGGAUCAGAGCCGCGGGGCCCCGAGGGAUCCCCCCGAAGAGAUGCAGGAAAAGAUGGGAACCAGGAACCAGCUUGUCCGGAGCACCGGAAGGACUGAGUUCACAGCGCAGGUGUCCACAACUUCGCGAAUCUCUGCACAGGGUCGGGUCCUCUCGGGGCCGUCCUGAGGACUCCCGGAUUCUCUCCACAGCUCCAGUCACACCUGUAGGUAGCCGGAUCUCAGGAAGGGACCAUGGCGAAGGCUGCAGCCACCAGGGGAAAUCUGUCCCAGAAUCUGGGCCUCUUGGUUCUACUGAGCUGUCUGGUGCCCUCCCUGCCCGCCGAUACACACAGUCUUAGUUGCAAUUUCCUUGUUAGAGCUCGUACCACACCUGAACAGCCCUGGUUUGAAAGAUGGUGCUCAGUGGAUGGAGUACAUUUCCUUCCGUAUGAUGACAGCAACGCCAUACCUUUGGGUGAGCAGGGAAAGGAAGAAAAUGCUAUUAAGAAAUGUGUGGAUUUGUCCCCAAAACUAAAAGACAUUUUCGAAGAGCUGAGGAAGCAGCUAUUUAACAUGGAAUCAGUUGCAGACAAGACCGAGGAUUAUCAAACCUUGCAGGGCACCGUGGAAUCUCAUUAUAAACAAGGACAACUCACUGAUGCCUCCUGGAACUUCACAAUUGGUGAACAGUGUUUCUUAUACUUUAAUCCAAAGAACAAGGAAUGGAGAGUGAUUUAUGAUAAAGACAUAGGUGUCAAGGAGAAAUGGAAGAUGAACAAAGAACUAGCACAAGAUCUAGUAACUUUCUCCAUGGGGGAUUUUGGUCACUGCUUGAAGCAAUUCUUAAAGUACUGGAAGGAAAUGUCAAGAUCAACAUCAAGGGCCCCAGAUAUCACCCAGUUUCAAUCUACCACCCAGCUUCCACCCACCAUGGAUACCACACAGAUUCUACCCAACAUAGGUACUACCCAGAGAACACUUUACAUCAUGUCUCAGCAUGAGAAAAUAAUUAUCUCCAUGGCAGCAGUCAUUGCCAUCUUCCUGCCUUUAAUUGGUGGGAUACUUAUGAAACGUGUCCCCAAAACUUGUCCCCAAGAAGGUGCUCCCUGCUGCUCCUCUUCCUCUGAAGUCUGACCUCCAGUCCUCAUCACCAGCUGUGUCCCGUAACUGUUGAACAUUGCAUGUGCCUUCUUCAGCAAAGCCAACAAACAUAUCUCUUGGAAACCUGUGCCACUGACUUCUGACCAAACUGGUAACACUGAAAGUGACAGUUCUUGGGGCCUUGCUCACCAGGGCAUCUAAGUGUGACAGGCUGUUGCCAUCAGGGGCUUCUUCUUGAUAGGUGCAUUUUCCUGUCUCAUUCUUAGAUGAUAGCUUUGUGGAGAUCAGGCUGGGCCGGGCUCCAAACUACUCCUCACUGUGCAGAACAGUGGCUUGCCCUGGGUGACUCCAUUUUACAUGCAGCAGUUGGCUCCAUUCUGAGUGCAAUGCAGAGGUUGGAUGCCAUGACACCUCACUUUGCCCAUACACUCAUGCCUGUCCAGGAUUAUCCUUAAAGCACAGGCUGAUGAUUAACUUAAUCCUGAAAGUAAAAAUGUGUCUCCUAUACACUUAUCAAAAUAGGAAUCAGUGAGUCCAUCUGCCUAUCAAAACCAUAUCAGAGGACCAGGCCUGAGAACUUAUCUGACGCCCUCACCUGGACCCCUGAAGAGGACACCUAAUACUGCAACAGUCAGGGCCCCCCAGCCUGUCACCUGGUUGUUAGAGUGUCAAGGAACCAGCAGGCAGAGAACUCCUGGCCAUCUUCAAAGCUUCGGCUCCACCCCCACUGCUAAUGCCUUCUGCUUGGAUCGCUUUCCAACACUUCAUCUGCUGGUCCAUCCUAAUGUGCUCCUGCAUCUCACCUGCUGGAUCUUGUGGUCCUGCACCUCACCUCGGCAGUGCCACAGAAUCCUGAGGUCCAGUGCAACUUGCAACCCUGCAGCUCUCCACCAGCUUCCUUACCAGCCCAUCUAACCCCCUGCAUUGAGUCUCUCCGUGUGUCUGUGACCCCUCUGUCUCUGCCUCCAGUCUGGCCCCUGUAAUCUCUGCUGGCAUCUCUUUCACUCAUUUUUUCCCCCGAGACAGGGUUUCUCUGUGUAGCUCUGUGCCUUUUCCUGGAACUCACUCUGUAGCCCAGGC